GUGAUUUCGGGAUCGUGGGCGUCUCCCUCUACGCUUGCGCUGCAGACUAGAAUUUGAGCUAGAGCUCUUCGACGGUGGCACGAUUCUUGAGUGGAAAACCUAUAUAUAAACGAGGAGCGGCCGUGUCAUUUCCCUCCAGAGAAGACACGUUUAUCAGUGUUAAUCACUGGGCAAUAAAGUCACCAGCUUCACUAAAAAGAAAAUGCCUCCCCUCGUUCGCCACAGAACGAUGCGCGUCUUCAUGAAUGGCGACCGCCACGUCAUGGCCAAACAUUCGGCAAUCUAUCCAACACAGGAGGAGCUGGAGAGCGUCCAGAACAUGGUGUCCCACACAGAGCGGGCUCUUAAGGCCGUUUCUGAUUGGCUGGAUAAGGAAGAAAAGGGAACUACAAAGUCUGAAUUCGAAGAUGGUGACAAAGACAGUGAGCAGAAGGAUCAGGCCACUCGGACUCUGCGUGGCGUUAUGAGGGUGGGUCUGGUUGCUAAAGGUUUGCUGCUGAAAGGAGACCUGGACCUGGAACUGGUGCUUCUCUGUAAGGACAAGCCCACCGUCAGUCUGCUGGGAAGGGUGUCUGAAAAUCUUCUUGCCCAGCUGCAGACGAUAACAGAAGACAAGUACAUGGUAACACAGGACAUCCAGAAUGCGAGCAUCAUUAUCCACAACACAAAGGAGCCACCUCUAACGCUCACAAUUCACCUCACAUCCCCUUUGGUCCGCGAAGAGAUAGAGAAGGCGACCGCUGGAGAAACGCUUUCAGUCAUCGAUCCCCCGGAUGUUCUGGACAGGCAGAAAUGCCUAACUGCCUUGGCAUCUCUACGCCACGCUAAGUGGUUCCAGACUAAAACUGCCCACCUCCCAUCUCGUCCACCCCCCCGCUCCUGCUUGUGUUUCCAGGCCAGAGCCAACGGCCUGCGCUCCUGCGUCAUCGUCAUCCGCAUCCUUAGGGACUUGUGCGCCCGAGUCCCCACGUGGGCCCCGCUUCGUGGCUGGCCGCUGGAGCUGGUCUGUGAGAAAGCAAUCGGCACAGGGAACAGGCCCAUGGGGGCAGGCGAAGCUCUGCGGAGAGUUUUGGAGUGUCUCGCUUCGGGGAUCCUCAUGACAGAUGGUCCUGGAAUUUACGACCCAUGUGAGAAGGACGCCACAGACGCCAUCGGUCACCUGGAUCAGCAGCAGAGAGAAGACAUCACAGCGAGCGCUCAGCACGCUUUAAGGCUGUCGGCUUUUGGGCAGCUCCACAAAGUUCUCGGAAUGGACCCGCUUCCGUCAAAGAUGCCCAAAAAGCCUCGCAGCGACACCCCGAUUGAUUACACAGUGCAAAUCCCACCCAGCACAGCGUAUGCCCCACCUAUGAAGAGGCCUAUAGAAGAAGAAGAAGGAACCGAUGAUAAGAGUCCAAACAAAAAGAAGAAAAAACUGCAGAAGAAAUCUGCAGAAGAAAAGGCGGAGCCGGCUCAGUCAAUGAACGCCCUAAUGAGGCUGAAUCAGCUGAAACCAGGUCUGCAGUACAAACUGAUAUCUCAAACCGGUCCGGUUCAUGUUCCAGUGUUCACUAUGGCGGUGGAGGUGGACGGGAAGACAUUUGAGGCUUCUGGUCCAUCCAAGCGAACCGCCAAGCUGCAUGUAGCUGUUAAGGUACUGCAGGACAUGGGCCUACCCACCGGGGUGGAACUGAAAAGUACUGAAGUCGCUGUGAAAUUGGAAGAAACUGUGGUAGCAAUCACUGCAGAAGAAGUGAAGCCAGCAGUAACCCCCACCGAAUCGUCCACUGCCGCACCCGGCGCCACUCCAGAAUCUGCCGAGACGGCUCGCCAGCAGGGACCAAUCCUGACCAAGCACGGCAAGAACCCCGUGAUGGAGCUGAACGAGAAGCGCCGUGGCCUCAAAUACGAGCUCAUCUCUGAGACGGGCGGAAGUCACGACAAGCGCUUCGUCAUGGAGGUGGAGAUCGACGGGCAGAAGUUCCAGGGCACCGGGUCCAAUAAGAAGGUGGCCAAGGCGUACGCGGCCCUGGCUGCUCUGGAGAAGCUGUUUCCUGAAGGCUCUGCUCCUGAGCCUGCUAAGAAGAAGAAGGGACUGCCCAUGCACCAACCGUUUGGCCUGGACACCGGCAUGCCCAGAGGCAGAGGGAGAGGCCGAGGCCGCGGGAGAGGCAGAGGCUUCAAUAACGGAGGUGGCUACGGUCAAGGAGGUGGAUUUGGAACGUACGGAUAUGGGAACAACACCAACUCUGGCUACAAUUACUACGACGACGGGGCAAAUGGCAGCGCCGGGGUAUCGAGCAGCCUCUCGGGCGGACUUCCGUUCAGCUCCACAGAACCACCGGCUCCAGGCUCCUAUGGGUCAUAUUAUCAAAAUGAAGGGUCCUAUGCUGCCCCGGCGGCCAACAAAAUGCCCAAAAAGAAACCGCCCAUGCAGAAGGCCGGUCCACCGGGAGGCUAUCAGUCAAACGUCUCCAUAGGGCAGGGGUCGUAUAACCAGUACGGGCAAGCGAAGAAGAGUUUCAACCAGAACCAGGGGGGUGCAGGUGGUUAUUCCUACAGCACUGCCUACCCCAGCCAGGUGACGGGGGGAGCGGGUGCUGCGGCUGGGGGUAACCAGGAGUACAGUUAUGAAGGUUUCACCCCCCAAACCAAUUACAGCACACAGGGAGGAGGCAACCAGGGAUUUCCAGCCAACCACACCCAGUACCCYGGCUUCGGCAGGGGCGACAGCAACAUGAGUUACCAGUACAGAUAGGCUGCUUCCACUGGGCCCGUGAAUCACCCCGCAUCAGUAUCUCAACCCUUCUCCAAAGAGAGCAAUGGAAGACUUGCCUGUGCUCUUUGCCUUUUUUCCAUGUCUGCUUCCUAUGUGCUUUCGGGUUUAGAUGUAGCACAUGUUGGCACACUUUGAGAUUUGUAGACUUUUUAAAUGUCUAAUCCGAGCUGUGGUUGAAGUUAGUGGUCUGUUUCGGUAUGAUUAGUUCAAAGUUUUGUUUAUAUUUAUUUUUUAAUUUUUUUUUGUUUUAUGUUCCUGGUCUUUACCACUAAAUAUGAAGACUGAUUCCUAAAACCUAUUUUUAAAACAAGACUUCAGUUUUUUUUUUUUUUUUUUUUUUCCUUUUUUCUUUUUAAUGGCUGGACAAAUGUGAAAAAUAGUUUCACCUUUUAUUAUUUUUGCUCCGUUUUGUGGUAACGUCAAAAUGUACGCCGAUAGCUUCUUUUUACCAGCAGUGGUUGUGAUUCUUUUGACUGUUUUUGCUAUUUACCUGAGGUGAUGUGACGGUUUCACCAUCUGAUUUUCGAAGAUAACUGGAACAUAUAUUCUGCUGUUAAAUUCACAUCUCUGCUCAAUGUAGCUUUUAAACUGGGUGGGGUUUUGCUCUUGUUAAUGUGUAACAGAGUGUUUGUAUUAAUAAAUCCUUUUUAUUUUGAAUUAACA